GAGCAGCGGGAAGAGAGGAAGACUGCCUUACAAAGAGCCUUGGGCCACAGGAACCCGGGAGGCCGUCCAGGGAAGGGGGCUGGAGGGACAGCCCAUACUGGGGUUCUGCGGAGAACAGCGCUAUAGCGCUAGAGCGCUGGUGGCCUGGCUUCCUUCAAAAUGUCUACUGUUCACGAAAUUCUCUGCAAGCUCAGCUUGGAGGGUGAUCACUCCACGCCCCCAAGUGCAUAUGGGUCGGUCAAAGCAUACACCAAUUUUGAUGCUGAGCGUGAUGCUCUGAACAUUGAAACGGCCAUCAAGACCAAAGGUGUGGAUGAGGUCACCAUUGUCAACAUUUUGACCAACCGCAGCAAUGAACAGAGACAGGAUAUUGCCUUCGCCUACCAGAGAAGGACCAAAAAGGAACUUGCAUCAGCGCUGAAAUCAGCCUUGUCCGGCCACCUGGAGACAGUGAUUUUGGGCCUAUUAAAAACACCUGCUCAGUAUGACGCUUCUGAGCUGAAAGCCUCCAUGAAGGGACUGGGGACUGAUGAGGACUCCCUCAUUGAGAUCAUCUGCUCAAGGACCAACCAAGAGCUUCAGGAAAUUAACAGAGUCUACAAGGAAAUGUACAAGACUGAUCUGGAGAAGGACAUCGUUUCUGACACAUCUGGUGACUUCCGCAAGCUGAUGGUUGCCCUUGCAAAGGGUAGAAGAGCAGAGGAUGGCUCUGUCAUUGAUUAUGAACUGAUUGACCAAGAUGCCCGGGAUCUCUACGAUGCCGGAGUGAAGAGGAAAGGUACUGAUGUACCUAAGUGGAUCAGCAUCAUGACUGAGCGGAGUGUGUGUCAUCUCCAGAAAGUAUUUGAUAGGUACAAGAGCUACAGCCCUUAUGACAUGUUGGAGAGCAUCAAGAAGGAGGUCAAAGGAGACCUGGAAAAUGCUUUCCUAAACCUGGUCCAGUGCAUUCAGAAUAAGCCCCUGUAUUUUGCUGACCGGCUGUACGACUCUAUGAAGGUAAGGGGAGUUAGCUGAGAGGUCCAUGUUUACACGCUAGGCUUUUCUUCUCUUGUGCCCCCAAACUAAGUCUUCUUGACUAGUGGAUAGUGGAGGGUCCCCACUGUCCAGGUGUAGGAAUGUACUGGUCAGCCAUGAUUGUGUCUGACGGGUGAGAAGACUACAAGUCCGUCUUCUCUCUCUCUGUCUCUCGACUACUUGAAUAUGUGUUUGUGUGCAGGUAGAAAAUAAAAUACCAGAUGGUAAUCAUGUCUGAUUCCUGCUUAAAUUUCUCAGGGAUUGCCUUCCAUUACCCCAGAGUAAAGACAGGCAAGGAAAGGAGGGAUUACCAAGCAGUCACCUGCCCUAGACAUUGUGCUACUUAUUUCAUCUGAAAUCAUUACCAAAAAGCCCUUGUGGCUUGUGUUAUUUUCUUUAUAGAUCAGGAGACUGGAGCUCAGAAAGCUUCAACUAGCUUGAUGUUACAUAGCCACAUUGGAACUUGGGUCUGUCUGACUCUGAAGGCAGCCCUACCGCUAUCUCUUGAAUGGACUGUAUCUUCCCACAAUCCCGGCCCAUAUUCUAUGCCUCAAAUGUCCCUUGUGAUUUCUGGUUUCCUGGCCCUUCUUCCUGGACCACCCCUUGUCCACUCCCAUCUCCUUCUCCCAUCUCCCUCAGAUUCUCUGUCAGCUAGCACCUGUUCCUUGGUGCCUCUGGUCUGAGACUCUUGAGAGUAAACUCAGUUGUCUUUACUGUUUAUACCGUUCAAAAUGGCACAAAGCGGUAUUUUUUUUUUUUUUAAGCCCUGUGAGCCAGGGACUGUUUGUUACAUAUGGAAACCCGCACACUUCUUAAACUGAGCCGUGCUAUAGUUAGGGCUCCUACAAGUUUAUUGGGUGAACAUAGUAGGGCUUUAUGCUGAUUUCAUCCUAGUGUGUUUGGAAUUCCAAGAUGCUCAUCUUCCUUUCUCCCUCCCUCCCUUUCUCCCUUUCUUUCUUUCUUUCAUUUUUUAUUUUUUUAGAGAGGGAGUGAGGGAGGGGCAGAGGGAGACAGAGAAUCUCGAGCAUGCUCCAUGCCCAGUGUGGAGCCCAACUCAGGGUUCAGUUUUAUGACCCCUGCGAUCUUGAGGUCAGCUGAAAUCAAGAGUCAGAUGCUCAACCAACAUAGCCACUCAGGCAUCCCAAAUAUCAUUUUUCUU